CAGGAGUUGCUGAUUAUACUACUCCGUAUGAGUGCUUCUCUGGCAUCGUGCCACCGCCACCGUAUACGCUGCAUGGACAAGGGCUUCGACCAGCCAGUCACUGAGUCAAGGACAGGGCCGUCGACUGGCUGACCGAGCCCUUGACGGCCCCAGAGAGCCAAAGAGUCCCCAGCAGACCUUCUCUCUUGUACCAGUGACCUGCUGUGCAGUGCAGCAUCGCUAGCAAACUCAAGUACCGCCGCCCCCAAGCCCCUGACCCGCCUUGCAUCGUCCCUUCUUACGCGGCUUGCGCUGGGUGGAGCAGAAAAAAGUAAAACAUCGAGGGCUGAUUCCAAGGACUUUUUAUAUACUGAGCGAGACGGACAUCUCACCUCCUGCGGAUCUUCUUCCCUCUGUCAACUUUUCUCUUCUUCUUCUUCUUCUCCAUCUUUACUUUCGUUCACUCGCUCGCUGACCCCUUCUUUAAUCAACGGGAAAGCAAGAUACACGCUCGUUUCAAGGCGUCUCUUUCCCCCCGGGCUCGUCUCUCUUUAAUCGCCCGCAUCUCCCUCUCGCUCCUCCGGACUCAAGCGUGAGAUUCGACUGCGACUUUUUGUUUUCGGCAUUUCUUUCUAGACUUCAACUUGGUUUCACGAUGAAGAGCGCCAUUGCUGCCUUGACUGUUGCCUUCGGGGCCGCUUCUGCCCUCGCUGGCUCUGUCACUCCCAUCACUAUCAAGGGAAACGCCUUCUUCAAGGGAAACGAGCGUUUCUAUAUCCGUGGAGUUGACUACCAGCCGGGUGGUUCCUCCAAGGUCAUCGAUCCCAUUGCCGAUAUCGAGACCUGCAAGCGAGACGUCAAGUACUUCAAGGAACUUGGCCUCAACACCAUCCGUGUCUACACCAUCGAUAACACUAAGAACCAUGAUGAGUGCAUGAAGCUCCUCGCCGAUGCUGGCAUCUACCUCGUUCUCGACGUCAACACUCCAAAGUACUCCAUCAACCGUGCUGAUCCCGAAAUCUCUUACAAUGCUGUCUACCUUCAGAGCAUCUUUGCUACCGUUCAGAUGUUCGCCAAGUACGACAACACCUUGGCCUUUUUCUCUGGAAACGAGGUCAUCAACGAUGGCAAGACUUCCGCCGUUGCUCCUUGGGUCAAGGCUGUUACCCGUGACAUCCGUAGCUUCCUCAAGGAGCGCAAACUUAGACAAGUGCCAGUUGGAUACUCUGCUGCUGAUGUCGACUCCAACCGCGAGCAAACUGCCCACUACAUGAACUGCGGUUCUGACGAUGAGCGUUCUGACUUCUUUGCCUUCAACGACUACUCCUGGUGCUCUCCAUCCUCUUUCGAGACUUCCGGCUGGGACCAGAAAGUCAAGAAAUUCGAAGACUAUGGCAUCCCCAUCUUCUUGUCUGAGUACGGUUGCAACAUCAACAAGCGUGACUUCAGCGAGGUCGAGGCUCUCUACUCCAAGGAGAUGACCGGCGUCUACUCUGGUGGUCUCGUCUACGAAUACUCCCAGGAACCCAGCAACUACGGUCUUGUUGAGAUCAAGGGCGGUGCAAGCUCUGACCCAUCUAAGCUCUCCGACUUCAACGCUCUCAAGUCCAUGUUCGCCAAGGUCAAGAAUCCCACUGGUGACGGCGGUUACAACCAGAAGAGUGGCUCUAGCAAGUGCCCGCCCAAGAAAGUACCUGAAUGGGAUGUUGACGGCGAGAAGAAACUCCCACAGCUUCCAAGCGAUGCCGAGAAGUACGUGAAGAACGGUGCCGGUGAUGGCCCAGGUCUCAAGGGCCCCGGCAGUCAGUCUUCUGGAUCCAAGGCUCAAGGACCCGACACCAGCGGUAAUGGCAAAUCUGGCUCUGGUGGCUCCCCAGGCUCCGGAGGCAACAAAGACACCCCUGAUGCUGCUGCUGGUCUCCGUGCUCCUGAAUUUGUCGUGGUUCUCGCCGCUAUCGGCCUGUCCACCCUCGUCGGUGCAUCCAUGAUGACGAUCUAAAGGAUUUGUUUUUUUCUGUACAGUCGGUUGCGUAUUAAUGUCCCUCUGGGUUUGGAAUGGAUGGAUACCUGGGUCCUGGGUGCCCUUGUUCAAUAUUGUUUUUAACGGGGAGGGUGGCCAUCCCUUGUAUGAAUAGGCUUCCAGUAGUCGUAUAAUGCAGUUGUCAGCCAGUCUUCUGAAGUCUUUUGCAUUCUUUCUUGUCCCUGAUUUGAUUUCCAUUCUUCUACUCUAUUCUCUCACUCUUCUUGACUUGCUCUUAUUCUAGACUGUUUUAAUACACGUUAAUUGAAUAAUUUGCUUUUUAACGACCGCCAAUUCUUCUCUUCCCCAACCCUCAUAUCAAAAGUCUUCCUACCAAACCAUCCAAUUGUCUUCAAGUAUUUCUAAUGCACGUUUACUCUUUCCCCGAAAGAGUAGAAACCGACGACUUUGUCCUCCAAGCCCGGGUGGUCUAGUUGGCUAUGAUUCUCGCUUAGGGCCUUAACCCUAAGUAAUUGUAUGCGAGAGGUCCCGCGUUCGAAUCGCGGCUCGGG